AAAGGUUUUAGAUAUUUUUCUCUUCCUCUCCUCUUAUAAGAGAGAGCAAACACAUCUCGUCGCGCUUUCUAGUUUUCCUCUCAAAUUCAUUUAGGGUUUCGUCGCUAAACUCAGAUUCCGAUAUGUACAACGGCAUAGGGUUACAGACUCCGAGAGGGUCAGGAACCAAUGGCUACAUCCAGACGAACAAGUUCUUCAUCAAAUCCAAGACCGGCAAGGCCGACGGUAACUCCCGAGGCUUUGAAGGCGACCAAGGCAUGGCCGGCGUCUCCAAGAAGGCGAACCGUGACAUCCUCGAGCAUGACCGCAAGCGCCAGAUUGAGCUCAAGCUCGUCGUGCUGGAAGACAAGCUGACCGAUCAGGGAUUCACCGACGAUGAGAUCGCCGAGAAGGUCGCCGAAGUUAGGAGGACUCUCGAAGCCGCCGCCGCCUCGGAGGAGAUGGGCGGGCCCACUGCCAUUGUUCUCGGAGGAGAUAAGAAGGUUUCGGAUACACAGACCCACCAGAUUGCAGCUAGGAAGGAGAAGCAGAUGGAGAACCUAAGAGAUGCUCUUAAGCUAAAGCCUGAAGUUACAGAAACAAAUGCUGAGGAGAUUGAGGAGGGAAUGAUAAUUAGUCCGAGGAAUGAUGGUAGUAGGUAUUAUGAGAGGAAAGAGCAUUCGUUUUUGGAUAGGGAUAAUGGGUGGAAGAAGUCUGUGGAGGAGAAGCAGAAGGUUGAGAAAGAUAAGAAAAAGAGUCUGAAGGAGUCUAGGCGGACGAAAAAGAAAGGAAGCAGGAAGAGAAGGCAUAAGGAUGAUUCUUCUGAUACAGAUAGCAGUGGUAGCCCUCUGAAACCUGAUAAGAAGAAAAAGCGUUGUAGUAGAAGUAGCAGCAGUGAAGAAGAUGAUUCUGAAGUUGAUACAUCGAAGAAGGUUGAGAAAUACAAUAAGAAGAGGUAUGAUUCAGAAGAAGAUGAUUCAGAUGUUGAUGUUGAUAAGAAGCGGAAGGUUGUAAAGAAGCAUAGUAGAAGCCGAGACGAUAGAGCUGAUGAUUCUGAUACCAGUGAGGAUGCGGGGGAUAGAUCCAGAAAGGAAAUUAAGAAAUCCAAACAACCUCGUAGGAGGCAUGAUUCAGAUGAAGAUGAUUCUGGAGAUGAUGUUGACAAGAAGAAAAAGGUUGUAAAGAAGCAUAGUAAAAGGCGAGACGAUAGAGCUGAUGAUUCUGAUACCAGUGAGGAUGCGGGGGCUAGAUCCAGAAAGGAUAUUAAGAAAUCCAAACAACCUCGUAGGAGGCAUGAAUCAGAUGAAGAUGAUUCUGGAGAUGAUGUUGACAAGAAGAAAAAGGCUGUAAAGAAGCAUAGUAAAAGCAGAAACGAUGAUACUGAUGAUUCCAGUGCCAGUGAAGAUGCCAAAGAUAGAUCCAUAAGGGAAGUCAAGAAACCCGAACAACCUCGUAGGAGGCAUGAUGCAGAUGUAGAUGGUUCUGAAGAUGAUGGUGACAAGAAAAGGAAGGUUGUAAAGAAGCAUAGUAAAAGCAGAAAUGAUGAUACUGAUGAUUCUGCUGCCAGUGAAGAUGCCGAGGAUAGAUCCGCAAAGGAAGUCAAGAAAUCACAACAACCUCGCAGGAGGCAUGAUUCAGAUGAUGAUUCUGGUUAUCCUGAAGAAUUGCCGAAGAGCAGAAUUGAAAAGGGCAAACAACAUGUGAAACCAAACAAAAGGCAUGACUCUGGGCAUGAGGCUGAUCUUGACAGCAGAAUGGAAAGGAAAAGUAGCCAAAUUGAGCUGCAAAGAAAUCAUCAGGGCAUCCGCAGGGUAGAUAAAGAUGAUUCUGACUAUGAAAGAUCCAGAAAGAGUAGAGGUGCAAUAGCAGAAAAGAGUAGAAGAAGUGGCAGAAAUGAUACUAAUGAUGAUGAUACUAAUAUUGGGAGGAAACCUGGAAGGGUUGAAGAUGUUGAUAGUGAAUCUGACUAUGAAAGAUCCAGAAAAAGUAGAGGUGCAAUUACAGAAAAAAGUAGAAGAAGUGACAGGAAUGAUGCUAAUGAUGAUACUAAUAUUGAGAGGAAACCGGAAAGGGUUGAAGAGGGUGAUGGAGGACGUGGAAGGCACUACAAUGGUGAACUUCAAAGAGGAAGGAAGCAUGAAAGAGAUGAAGUGGACCAUGAUUAUAGAAGGCCCAGGGAAGGUCUGGAACAGGGUCUUGAAAGUAGAAAGCGAGGUAAUAGAGAGGAAAAGGGGGCAAAUGAGGAUAUUGAGAGGGAUAGACAUAUGGAUUACAAGAGAGCAAAAUAUGAUGAGUCUAGAUCAAGUGAGAGGAGAAGGCAUGAAACUGUCAGACAUAAUGAAGAUGGGCAGAAGUCUAGAAGGCAUGGAGAAGAUGAAGGGGAGCGUAGAUACAGAAGACAUGAAAACCUGGAGGAACAACGGGAAAAUAAGGAGACUGAGAGAGAUAGACAGGAUUCCAGAUCAAGUGAGAGAAGAAGGUACGGGAAUGACAAGCACAAUGACAGUCGGUCUAGGCAUCGUGACUAAUUCUAUGGUUACAGGGCCUCAAAGCUUUCAUAACUGAUCAAAUUGUGUACUCUUAGAGCUGCACUUUGUUCCCCUGGUGACGGAGAUGGAGUUGUGGAUGAGUGUAUGGUUGGCAUAUUGAAUUCUACUGUUUUUCUUUGGUCUGUAUGAGAUCUUGUAAUACAGUUUAAAACUCUUUGUGUGAGGCUGGUCGACCUGGAAUACUAUAAUCUGUUUUGUUAUUCUGUAUGGAGACUUUGAAAUCUGAAUGUUGGCCUCAUUAGCAGGAUGGGUUUAUCAAUUACUGUUAUUUCUUGUGCUGCAUUCUAGGGUAGUUUGUUAUGAGAUUUCAGAGGAGAUGUUUCUUG